ACCUAUGAAUUUUGUUUUUUUACUAUGGAAACAUCUUUUGUUUUAAAAUUUUUUAUCAACUUAUGUUCGAAGUUGUCAUAGUGUCGCUCACAAUUUAAGUCGUCGGUUUUACUGAAAGCCAGUGCACAUUUGCUCUUCAAAGAUUUUAAUUGGUGAUUACUAUUACUUUGAUUUGUUGUCUUUUCUCGCGGCUUAUUAACUGUGUUCAUUACUUCAUCAAGAUGAGAACAAUGAGCAAACAACAACAGCUGGAAACUAUGGCCACUGAUAAGGUCAUUAAAAAACGUGAAGGGCGUGAAGCUCCAAAGAAACAAGAUGGAGCCAGCAAAGUGCCAGGACAAGCAAUAGCAAAACAAGAAACACAAGAAAAGGAUGAAACUAUCCCGGAAGGCAACCAAAACAGGCAACCGAAAAUACAUGAAGUCGUCCAGAUUGAUGAGAAUGAUCGCAGCAAGCUGCCUAUUUUGAUUAUUCGCACACAGUUAAGAUUAAGGCGUGCACUUAAUGAUAUUGAUGGAUCAGCUUUCUUGCACCCGGACCUAUAUAUCCAGCGCAAAAAAGAGGUUUUGGAAUCGCAAAACAUGAAAUUUAAGGCGAUCGCUUCGGAGACUGACAACAUGCUUGACCAAUUGCGUGACAUGUGCACCAACUGCAUGACGAAGAAAAUGAGGCGUCAACGUCACGAGUAUCGUGAAAAAUUCAUAGAGAUGAAGAAGUCUGCCUUGGAGGAAUCGAGGAAGAUAGAAAAACUAUUGAAGAACAAUAAGCAUUUCGAAAACAUGCUGGAAAAAGCAAAGCAGAGGAAGAUAUACCGCGCUGAAUUUAAAAUUGGAAGUUAAAAAUUAUCGCUGAUCAGUGAUCAAUUUAAUGAUAAAAUUUGAUGUAUUAUCCAGGGAUGAGUGACAAAAAAGUCGUUUAAUUUCAGUUUUACGUACGGCCGUCUCAAAAUUCAAGUUGUACCCCUUUCGUAAUUAGUUUUCGGAGCCACCAACUAAGUCCACAUUGUCAUUAAUAACCGCUUCAACAUUUUUAUAGUGUUGUGAACAUUAGUAAUAUGUAAGUUAUAGAUUCUUAGGCUCUAUACUUUUUACAUUUAUGACUGAUGUUCACCUGUUCGUUUAUUAUGUUGUUUAAAUAAAUGCUUUCCAUGUA